AAUUUCAUUUCCUGCAAUUUCUCCAUCUUUGCAUUUUGCUUUCUAUGAAACACAAACACACUCAAAGAUUGAAACUUUGAAAGGUUUAGAGUGAAAAAAACCAAACCAUGUUUUACUCACAAUGCUUGUUAUCGAGCAAAGGGCGUUUAGGCUCCAUUUGGGUUGCUGCUUAUUGUUUCAAAAAGCUCAAGAAGGCCCAGGUGGCUGAAACUGACAUUUCUGCCUCUAUUGAUAAAAUUUUGAAAGAUGAUUGGGAUGUCAUCGCAUAUAGGAUACUGGCCUACCUUCUUCUUGGUGUCGUUCGAAUAUACUCAAAAAAAGUUGAAUACCUUUUUGAUGACUGCCAUGACGUGCUAACUGAAAUCAACAAGUUUGUUGUUAGCACAAAAGAGAAGGAAGAUACAGAUACUCUUCGUGCGCCUUAUGAUUCUGUUACCCUACCAGAGAGGUUUGAACUUGAUGCAUUUGAUUUCGGGAUCCUUGAAGAUGUCAGUGGAGGAAAUGUAGUAUCCUACGAAGCUAUCACACUUAAAGAUUGUCCAAAGGGAAAUGCAGGACAAUUUCCUUCAGAUAUGUAUGAUUAUGAGGAAUUUGGUGCCUGCCAUGGUAUCUUUUCUGCCAAUUACAUUCCAGACAAAGAUGUACUUCCAUUUGACGGGAUGGAAUUGGAUAUGGAGAUAAGGACGUCAAGUAAUGAAGCUGACCCAGACGUAAACAUGGAGAAUCCUCAAGACAGUAGGUUCCUUCAAGAAGAAACUAAUGGAGAUCAGAUAAAGGUUCCAGAUAUGUCAUUGCCUGAAGAUGGGACAGAAGGAGAAGCAAGGCCAGAAAAGCUUCCAGACGUUAGGUCUGAGGAAAAAGGUCUGAACCAUGAAUCAUUUCGUGGCAUUGAAGAAGAACCCCUAAACCAAGUUGAACCAUUUGGUGAAGAUCAAGUAACUAAUGUGGAGCAAAUAAAGGCUCCUGCUAUAUCACAGUCAGUCGAUGGAAUUCAAGAAGAAGCAAGCCUGAAACCUUCCUGUCAUGUUACAUCAUCUGCUGAAGAUCACCAAAUUAAUCAGGAGGAAGUUAAUAUGCAAUCCGAAAAUCAAAUGUGUCCACUUACGACUGAAGAUGGCAUUCUAAGCAACUUCAAAGCUGACAGGGAAAACCUAAAAAAUUGUACAUCUGCCCAAGAAGAGAACAUGGACCUUGGUAAGUCUUGUGACUUCAAGAAACCUGAAGAACCUGCUUUUUUAUCUGGUGACGAGAAUCAUAAGGAUGGAGAGCCAGAAAAGCUACAUGACAUGAUUCCACCGGAUAAUAUGAAUUGUCAAAUUAAUGCGAGAAAAGAUUUAGAGGCUCUAGGUGUUACUACACCAAAGUUAAGGAGGGUUAUUCCCACACCAGCUAUUAGGAAGGCUGCUCGAAUCUCAAGGAAAAGGAAAAGGAGAUGUCGCAUUGAUGAAAUCACAGUGCUGCCUAAUGCGGUAAUCAAGCAAAGCAUAAAUGAUGCGAGUGACUUGGUUUCAAAAAGAAGAAAGGUUCCUGAAACUGCCCUUGAUGCCUGGAAAACCUGUCAGAUUAGAAACCUAUCCCAGACUUUUUUGGAACCAUUUAUACCAAGUGUUUCGGAGGAGAUUAGGUCCCUCUUCCACAGAAGUGUAAUAGAUUCUGCUGAAACUGCUGAACCUCCAGUAAAGCCAGAUGUGUUUGAACCUCCAAGUGCUGGAAGACCAGAGCAAGUAGAAAUUACACCAGAGCCACCUGUCCUUGAGCAUAUGGAAAUUGAGCCUUCCAAAGAGCCCUGA